GCCGCGUAUAAACGUCACUCCUACAAGUUUGCCACGCAUACACCGACGGCGGCAUGAUGUGGCGGUUGCUGGGCUGCACGCUGAGCCUCUUCGUGGCCUCACAGCUCGGCUCGUGGUGCGUUUUGGCGUCCGCGGCUGAGCCGGACGCCGGGGUCCAGAUCGAGGUGUUGUUCAAGCCCCUGGAGUGCACUCAAAAGAGUAAAAGGGGAGAUCUGCUGAACGUCCACUACGAUGGCUACCUCGCCUCAGAUGGUUCUCAGUUCUACUGCAGUCGGUCAGACAAAGACGGGCACCCCCAGUGGUUUGUGCUGGGCGUGGGACAAGUCAUCAAGGGCCUCGAUAAAGGGAUGGAGGACAUGUGUCCCGGAGAGAAACGAAAAAUAACUGUCCCGUCCGGCCUGGCCUUCGGAGCACAAGGCAAAGACCCCGUGCCGCCCAAUGCCACGGUGGUCUUCGAGGUGGAGGUGUACUCCGUUUCCAGGGGGCCGCGCACAAUGGAGGCUUUCGGAGAGAUGGACCUGGACAGCGACAGAAGUCUCACGAGGGCCGAGGUCAAAGCAUACUUGAAACUGGAGUAUGAGAAAUCUGGGAAGCCGCGCGACGACCCGUUCUACGAGAAGAUCAUGGCGGAUAUCUUCCGCAAGAGUGACCGCGACACCGACGGAGUGAUCAGUGCCAAGGAGUACAACAUUUAUGACCACGAUGAGCUCUAAAAAAUCCACACUCCGAUGUUUGCACAAUGCAGAUGUUCUUUAAAAAUGUUUUAUAUGAAAAUACUGUAACGGUAAAAAUGACUUACCAGUUGUCCACUAGAAUGAUGAUGAACCCAUGAAAACAACAUACAUGGGAUCAAGCCACUAACUUUUAAUACCAAAUAUUAAUUAAACUAUGAAAGCACAUAUCCAACACAUCUGGACACUUUUUUGCAAAUACCACUACAUUUUGCAUGUUGAAAUACAUAUAAUUUAUAUAUAAUUGAUUGAUAAUUAAUAUAAUAUAUAUAUCUAUAUAAUUGAUUGAUAAUUGAUAAAUAUUUAUAUAUAUUAUAUAUAUAAAUGAGAUUUUUUUGUCUUGUGUCCUGAUGAACAUUGCAGCACAAAGAACAAACCACGUUGUGGAAUAUUUGGCUUUGAAAGCGUAUGUCGACUGUCAUGAGAUUUUGGGAGGAUAACCGGAGACGAGAAAGGAGCACGCCAUUGUAUGCAGAGGACGUCCAAUAGGAACAAGCCAUUAUUUGUGGAUGCGUUUCACCAGUUUGAUGAUUAAAUGUUUUAGUUUAUCAGACAUGUUUACAAGUUGUGUGUACAUCUUAAUGUGGUCCAAAGUGUGUCAUUGUAUCCGGUUGGAACAAUUGUUUUUAAGUAACAAGAAAUAAACCAUAGUGCAUGUGGAAAAAUUAA